CGCUGCCGUCCCUCUUUUGAGAAGUCGCUUCCGGAAGCUUCUAUUUUAUUUUAUUAUUAUUAUUAUUAUUUUUUGCCGGCGCGGCGGCUGCCCCCCCCCGCCCGAUUCCCAGGGAAUUAAUUUUCCCGCGAUCGCGUCUGGUUCCCGUCCCCCCCCCACUCCACACCCGUCCCUCCCACCCCCGGGGAGAUCGGGCCAAAAGCUUCCUAGCCGGGGACAUGGUGGGCUUCACGGUCCCCGCGGAAGUCAGCGUGUUUUUGCUCGACGUGGAAGGCACCACCACCCCGAUCACGUUUGUCAAGGAUAUUUUGUUUCCUUACAUCAGGGAAAAUAUCCGCGAUUAUCUAGACACCCAUUGGGAAGAAGAAGAGUGCCAGCAAGAUGUUGGCCUGCUGAGAAAACAGGCUGAAGAAGACUCUCAUAUGGAGGGAGUGGUGCCUAUCCCACUGGAAACCAGGGAUGGAGAAGAAGAGGUUGAACGGGUCAUCCAGGCCGUGAUAGACAAUGUCCUCUGGCAGAUGUCUUUGGAUAGGAAGACCACAGCUUUGAAACAGCUCCAGGGCCACAUGUGGAGAGCGGCCUACGAAAAUGGCCGCCUGAAGGGAGAAUUCUUUAAGGAUGUCGUUCCCGCGGUGAAAAAGUGGAAAGAAGCAGGAAGGAAGGUGUAUAUUUAUUCCUCUGGAAGUGUGGAAGCUCAAAAACUUUUGUUUGGAAACUCUACAGAAGGUGAUAUUUUAGAGCUUUUUGAUGGUCACUUUGACACCAAGAUAGGACCUAAAGUUGACAGCGAGAGCUAUCAGCGGAUUGCUGCAAGCAUUGGAUGUGCCACAAACAACAUACUAUUCUUGACGGACGUCACUCAAGAAGCAGAUGCUGCCGAAGAAGCGGACAUGCAUGUGGCUGUAGUGAUCAGGCCGGGCAAUGCAGGACUGACAGACGAUGAGAAAUCGUAUUACAGACUCAUAACCUCUUUCAGCGAACUGUUCCUGCCGUCCUCUGCUUAAUUUAAUGUGCCCCUGGGAUUAAGGACGGGAUGGGGAAAGAGAGAAGAGCAGCUGGGGAAAUCCUCCUUACCGUUUAUUGUCAUUCCUGCCAGCGAUAAAAGAGUCUCGAAAACAGAACUAUUGGGCGCCUGACUUCCCCAAUGACACCGAAUUGGAACCCGAUGGAAAAUUUUCCAGUUCUGUGAUUGUAGCAAAAGCGAAGCUCUCAACAAGAGGUUGACUUGGUUUUUCUUUGGAUUUGCAAACGGAAGAGUCCAGAGGGUGCAACUCAAAAGAGAAGGUCCCCCUUGUCUUUUUGAGGUCAACCAGAGGGGUGCAAAGCCCACCUCCCAUUCAGUUCAAAGGGGCCAGCAGUGGAGACUUUCCUUAUGGGAUGUGUCUUGGGUAUAUACUACAAACGCCUCUUCUUUUAUUGGUGUCCCGCUUGAUUUGCAGGUUUUUAAAGUCUUCUGAUCUUCUUGUUUGUAGUGAAGGUAGGGGAAAUCCAGACUAUUUAUAGUUGGGGGAAAAAAGGUUGCAAGCCGAGCUCUCUGGAUUGAUUCGUCUUGGAAAGAAAAAGUAGCACAGGCAUCAUUAACUCAAAUCAAACAUGCAAGCUAGUAAGAACAUCUGUGCCAACUGGAACACGUUUGCAUGUGGAAGGCAUGAUUGAUCCUUUGUCACAAAAGAGUUGCAUGAUUGCUCAAAGGUUGUCCUACUUAACCUGGGGGGAAAGGGAGUGCUUUAUUUUUUAUUUUAUUUUUCCCUGGGAUCAAAUUGCUGGAGAAUUGCAUUCUAAAAAACCCUGCAGGUUAGUACUUUUACCUAUUGCGCUUGAAGGUGUAACAGAGACCUUAAUUGUUUUGGGUGGCAUCACUUGUUCCUUUUAUGUGCAGCAUUUCAAGAGUGAUAAGCAUGUCUCAAUGUCCACACCUCUUCCGUUCCGUUUGGUUGAUUUUUCAAGGCCUCCCGAGUGUUUUCAGCAAUCCAAAACGGAAAUACUUGUCUCUUCAGCAUGUUGCACAGUUUUAUGUUCCGCUAGAAGUGCUAUUUUGCAGUCCUCAAACCCUACUCCUUUUCCAAGAAGGAUGUAAGACGAACAAUCCCAAAAUCCCAUUGAACGGAACUUUUAAGGCCAAUAUUGUUUUCCAUUUGGCCAACCUAUUUAGGUGUUACAUCCUUGCUUGGAAAUGGGCCUAUUGUAACAACUACAAAGCUGGAUAAAGUACUGAAAAUUGUCAUCCCAAUUUAAUUGGAAAUGUCCAGAGAAUCUAGUAGGCUGCCCGGAGUCUUAACAAUGGAACCAAGCACAGAAUACUUAAUUCCAAAAUUUGAUGUCCUCUGUUAUGUAUGUUGUGGGCAGCCCUUCCAGUACUUGAAGAGGUUGUUAGAAUCGGCCUUGCGGUUGUGUUCCAGGUGGAAAGGGCUUGAAGUUGCACACAAACGAGUAGCUGAUUCUCAGAAAUCCACUAUACAAUCCAUGUAUGGUAGGAAAAGUCAGACAUGGUGUUAAAAUUCUCAUGUAUUGAGCUUAUAAAUCUCCUUUCCCGGUCUGGAGUGUGGCUCCAUAUUACCGAUUUAAUCAAUGUCGAUAUAGGUUUGUCGCCUUGUGGUGCAUGUCUUGCCUUUAAAUAAAAUCUAUGACUGAA